GGCCGUUUCGAGGAUAGCGUGGAGUCUCGCCGCUUUUACAUGCCUGCCCCUGCCGCCCCAACGCUGCCGUUGCAUCUAUAUAAGCCCGGCCUCCCUCCCUCGAACGACCACGCACUCUUCUCUUCCACUUUUCCCUCUUCCCGUCCCAGGGCGCCUAGUGUGCACUGCCUCCCCCCCUCCUUUUUUUUUCCCUCAAGAUGCCGCGUUAUCCGGACAUGCUCCUUUUCCAGCACGGCGCCAUCUCCACCUUCCUCGCUUCGCCCCCUUCAGCUGCGGCGUCGACGACGGGUUAUUUUUACGAUUGAGACGUGAAGUCCUUGUGACCAUUACUUCGAUUGCAACCUGGGAGUCUUUGGCUAACAUUUCCCGUCAGCCCGUUUUAUCUUUCCCUCGCGCCGUUUUGGAAUCCCCUUCCUUCUACCUCGAUGCAGUCUUCGAUAUGAGGAACCUGGCGCACUGCUUGCCAUGGGCUUUCGAGAUCCGACAUGGGGAGGGCAGUUUCUUGAUCGUCCAGAUACCACCCCUGUCGCGCAGCCUGCCGGUGCCGCUCGGGUGAACAGGGUUGCAUCUCUCCCCACCCUCCACGGCCAUGUCCGAACCCCACUGGGAUCUGAUCACAUAUCCUUGCCUUGCUUCACCAGCCAAUGGCAAAAUUGCCGCAUCUGUUUCAUUUCCGUGUCUUGGGCAUGCGACGCUUGGAAUUGCAGGGAAGAGAUGCGAUUGGGGCCGGGCACCAGGUCUUGGUUUCAGCCCAGCGUACGCAGGUGAGCGUGGGCACGUCAGCAGACCGGUCAUGAUCUUGCGGGCAAGGGGAUUUUGCCUUGCUGCUUCUGCCGAUGCUGGACAGUAACGGACCCAGGAGGGAGGUAUAAGGGGACGAUUGGGGCCCACAAGACCUUUCGGGCAUCUCACGUUGAUUCUUCCACAGCCUGCCCUUCCUCCUCCAGUUCCCUUCUUUCUCUCGUCCUUCAAAUCGCAUCUCUACCGCCGUGUUAUACCUCCAAAACUACCCCAAUUCCCACAAUAUGCUUCCUGCAUUUCAGAUAAAUAAUUUCAAGCCAUGGACCCCUCUUCCUGCGAAACCGUGUCCACCACACAGAACACUCAAUGCGUGCUUCCCACGAACUUCCAUUACCCCUAACCCUGAGCCCUCUCAUGUUCUACUUCCAGGCACUUUACCGCCUCCCAAACAUCACCUACCAGCGCGACCACCGGCCGAAGUCUGCGUGCAUGUCAGUGCCAACACCCAGCUGGAGUCAGAGACAUUCGGGCGUAGUACCGCGUCUCGACAGAGUUCUAUGCCCCAUGUUCCUGCUCCGGAUCUGAUCCGCCCCUGCUAUGCUCAGGACGAUACUAGAACCCCUACCGAGCCGCCUGGAUUCCAGGCAGAUGACGCAGCGCGUAAUGUCCCAUCUCCGAGUGCAUCUAGCUCGACCAAUAGUCUAGAGGACUUCUUCAGGAUGCCAGACUCGCCCCAAGACAACAUCCCCAUUGAUCCGGUGAUUCUUGCCAAUCUCGGGCCUUGGGAGAGUGACGACCUCCAGCUACAUGCCCCCCCAGCAGACGGCAUCACUAAUCCGGAGACAACCUGCCUGUAUCCUGAACCUCCAGCCAUCUUCAGCAGCCCAGCUAGCCGUUUUGAAGUGCCUGACGAAAGUGAUGGUAGUGAUAAUGGCGGUAUUCAGGGAACUUGUUAUGGCUGCCAACGAAUGCAACCUCCCUCGCCCGGCACCGGACCAGACCAGUCUUUCCCUGACAGCCAUGGGAAGCACCAGAUUAAGCGAAAAACACGAAAAUCAGACGGCGGAAUACGCAAGCCACCUCGAGUUCGCUCCACUUCAGCACCCAGGGAAGAUUCCUUCGCUGCCCUUCGGUCUCAGUUCACGUCUCUACCACUGGAUGACCGUUUGCAAUUUCUAUCCUGGCUCUUUGAAGGUGCAUUAUCUCACUGCAUGUCUGACACCUCACAAACAGCAUGUGAAGAAUUAAAGGCACGGGAAAGCCGUCGCUCAAGUCCCCGGUCCGAGAUCGACCAAAGUCGGAGUGUUUGCAAGAGUGUCCGAAAGAGCUCGAGAAAGGGUAUGCCAUGGUCCACGGAAGAGGUGGACCUCCUAGUGAAGCUGAGGAAGAACGAAGGUCGAUCAUGGUCAGAUGUGACGAGGGUAUUCUCGAAGCAGUAUCCAGGGAGAAGUCAGGGCGCGAUACAGGUUUACUGGUGUACGACUCUCAGCAAGAAAGCGAGUUGAGGCUUUUCAAAACCAAUCGUUUAUCUAAUUAUCUCCUGAUUAUGUACGGACUAGGGACAUGCGGGAAGCAUUCUUUUCAUCUUACAGUAUCCCUCGAUGUUUCAAACACCCCGUAGAAAUCACUGUCGGCUACUCGCUCCCAUUCUGAUUCGUUCGAGAAUAUUUCGCCCUAGUGGCACCUAUGCAGCGUACAACUAUAAAUACAUGGCUCCCCGUUCUUUGCUUUUAGAAAUUUAAGCCGCUCCUGUUAGAACUGCUUCCUUCUUCCACUCCAGCCACAUGCCCCAAUACUUUCUCGAGCUAUCCUGUGUCUCUGUACGUAUUAGAUCUUUCCUGAUUCUAGAUAAAUAUAUCUGGUCCUGAGAUACUUCCUGUCCUAAUCUAUGGACCCGGGAGGCUUAAUAUGUAUAACACAGGAAGAGAAUGCAUGAUGCCAGCUUCCUAG